CGUGAUAUCAGAAAGGAAAUAAAAGCAAGAGAGUCCAAGCAUUUAAGAGACAUUAUUGUCGUAAAAAUACCGACCCAGAGAGGCGCGAAAGGGAUGUGCCCGAAGAUGAAAUCGCGAACACAAAUAUAGGAAAUUAGCUCUCAGAUAAGCAUUUUACUUUUUAACUGAAAUUUAAUACGAGCUUUUUCAUACGCGUGCAUAAAAACGUGUGCGAUUUUAUCCUUUCCUUUAGCACACUUUUCUUUUCCUUUGAGAAAGCCUUGCGACAUAUAUAUAAACAUGAACGUUCGAUAAAAUUGCCGCGAAACAUGUAUACGAUCGAUCCGCAAGCUUUGCACAAUGUGCACAAAACAAACCGGGAGGCGCAUAACUGGAGAAGAAUUCAUUGCUCGUCGCGAAAGUGUCACUUUAUUUCUUGAAUUCCCACUUGCUCCGUCAAGUGGUAACCUAGGGAAACGGUGUCGCGCAAAAGCGCUCAAUAGCCGGACUGUUCCCUUUUCUACAACGAAAAUUCAGUUUCCAAUAUUGUCACACUUAAUCCUCGUACCUUACGUUUCAUUCAUUCGAUCUAUCUCUCGAAGGACUUUAAUCAAUUAAGCUCAAUUAUAACUGAAGAAAAAAGUCGACUUAAAAAUCGGAUCAAUCAUGACACAUUAUCCUAUAUUUCUAAAAGAUUCAAGACGCGCUCGUAAUUGAGUUUACAUUGAGAACGUAUAAUGGGACCAGGAAGACCUUGAUGUAAAACGAGAGAAGAUUAACUUUUUAUUGUAAUUGUGUAAAAGGGAUGACGGGAGAUGUUGAUAGGAACCCCAGAUUAUUUCUUGUAAUUUUCAAAGAAAAAUUCGCACCGCGCGAAUUGAUUGCUCGAAGAUAUGACGGAAUCUUAUAUAUCGAUACGUCGAUUAAUCAUCGGAGACACGAAGAUUUAAAAUCGUCCUUCGUUAGAAAAGGAGAGGAACGAAAGGCUCGAUUAAUGUUUGUCGCAUCAUUUCAUCAGAGCGUGAAAUAUUAAAAAUGCAUAUUAGGCGCCGUGUAAUCUCGAACGUGCAGCGCGAAAAUAGAAACGCUAAUCGAUACUUGUCGCUCUCUCUCUCUGGACGCGUCUGUGGAAGGUGAAAUGUUCGGAAUAAAUGUAGGUGAACUGUGGCUAACACGGCGGCCAUUUCUAAUAUACGGGAUGUAUCAGAAGCCGCGCCCUUUCUCCCGAUCUCCUGCGGAUUUUCGGGCAAUUUAUAGCCACUAUUUCCUUAAGGAAAUUUUAUCAGAGGGCAAUUACUGGCCUAUACAUCUUGUGCCAAAUAUCUCAAAGGCGGCCGAAAACAGCGCAACGAAAGCCGAGUCUUCGGACGAGGGGAAGGAAAACGACGCAGAGGACGAGAAGGAGAAAGAGGCAGCAGCCACGAAGAUACAGGCAGCUUUUCGUGGACAUCACGCUAGGAAAAGUCUGAGAGUGUCGGACGCAGCGUCGAAGCAGACGCCAACCGGCGAAGAAUCCGCCGAACCUACGCAGGAACAGUUGCAGGAGGAAUUCCGCGCCGACGAUCAGGACCUCUGUAACGCGGUGACGAAGAUACAGGCGACUUUCCGGGGCCACAUGUCGAGAAAGGCCGAUCAAGCUGCCGCUACCGCCAAGUCGGCGAUGAACAUGGUCGAGAGCGCGACUGCCAAGAUAGAAGAAAAGAUGCAAGACGCCGUGCAAGAAUUAGAGGGGAUCGACUUGGCCGAUCCGGACUUGCAUAAGGCAGCGACUAAGAUUCAAGCGAGUUUCCGCGGUCACAAGGUCCGUCAGGAGGUCAACAUCCAUACUACUGCCGACGACAUUAAAAAAUAAGACGCUUACUCAAAAAAAGAAAAAAAAACAAAAAGAAAAGAAAACGCAGGGAUGCCGGGAGAUAGAAUAUUACUUAUUACAGUCAGUGCCAUUCUUAACAGGUUUCGAACGCCAUCCCCUAUUUCUUGUACCUUAUAAUGUAGAAUCCAUAAAUUAGUAAAUUAUGCGCGUAAAAUAUAUACGAGGCAUUCCAGACGAGCCGAACGAUGACGGAUGACAGCCGAACGGAUUUGACUAAUUAGUUCACUUCGGGCCCGCUAGCUGUGUGAACAACGAUACCGUUUAUUUUACGUUAACAAUUUAAUCCAGCCUUCGCCCGGGACCAGUGAGACUUAAGCGCUUUCUACUUUGGCUAAUAAAAAAAAUGAGGAUCCUUCAAACGAGCUAUUUACUACAGGCUGAGGCAUACAAAUGGGAACAUUUAAAUAUUUCUAUUAUUUGUGGAUAUACAAAAGAGUUUUCUCUGGAGCAAAGUUACACUGUGUAAAGAAGAACUGCAAUGGCAAAUAAAAAAAAAAACAGAUUGUUCCUUGAGCCGAUUCCUCUAAUCGAUCUUGAGUACAUUUCACAUGAUUCGCUACACGACCACAUUCUUGAACUAUCCUCAUAUUAUACUUAUCGACUUACACUUUACAUUUUUUAUGAGUUAUUACUGCCAUAUGUGAACACGGAGGGGGAUAUACAGGCAGAUUUUUCAAGACUUUUCAAAGGACUUUUCAACAUAAUAACUUCCUUGUCAAACACUGAAAAAAACAUGAGAAACGAGAUAUGGGGGAAAAAAAGAGAGAACAGAUAGUUCCCUAUAUAAUUAUCCGAUAUACUCAACGUAAAUUGUGAUCUACAACAACAGAAUGAGAAACGUGCAAAGUCCUCGUGUCUGGUAGGUAUGUUAAGUGGAACGCGACGAACGCGCGAUAGAGUAUAACUUUAACGUCCUGCGCAUGAUGAACGGAGCAUACGUUUAAGAUGUACCAAUAUCAAUAUAUGCAUGUUAACUUUUAUAAGUUCCUGUAUCUAUGUAAAAUAAACGGUAUGGUUGUAGCGUUUCCAAUUCUAAAAUUAACGAUGAAAGUCUGUUUUUCGAAUAUUUUUUAUCAUGGCACAACAUACACAAAUGUUUAAAGCACGGUUUUAUUUAUUUCGUUUUGUUCCUAAUUUAUUGUUGAAACGGAAUGUGAUAACUAAAAGUAUAUUUCUUGACUGCACUUUUUACAUUUUCCUACAAUCUCUUUUUUUUUCUUUAUUUUUCUUUUUCUUUCACUCUCUUUCUCCCCUUUUAAAAGAUUAAAUGUAUAUCUGUUUCAUUUUUUAAAUGUGGAAAGUGUAAAAAUGUGUACGAUUGCUUCUCUUUUGAGAGUUUGGAAAAUAUUGAUCUAAAUUACGCAAACAAAUCGAUUAGUCCCGAUCGUCAUACUAUUCAACUUAUUAUAUUAGAGGGACUAUAAAUUUAGAAACAUCUUUCCCAUGAUACUAUAAUUAUAUAUAAAAAAAUUAAAAAAAAAGAAAAUAUUCCAAACUUUCAAAUAAUUUUACAAACUUUGGAAAAGAUAUUGUAUUUUAUUAUCAUUGUAUUUUAUGUUAUUAAUGCAGUAGAACUUCUAUAACGCGGAAUAUUUGACACAUUUGAGCUUCAAGGUAAAAAAUUUGAGAACAUAUUGUAGAUAUAUUGAUCUGUAGGAUUUCUUAUAAAAUCAAAAAAAUAAUAAUUAAAAUUUUUUCGAUAUUAUUUAUCUCACGUAAAUGGCCCUGUCAGAUGCUUUUCACGUGUUGCUGUGCCGGAGGCAUCUAUAAAAUAAUGUAGUUAAAAGUGCAUGUAUCCGAUUCUCAUCGGCCUAUUGUCAAUAUUAAAGUAAAUAUAUAAAGUAAACCAUUAAUCGAGGUUCUACUGCAUCGAUUAAAAGCGUGCGUAAUAUACAGAAGAGUAUAAUAUAGUUGCUUAAAAAGACUAAACAGGGUCUCGUCAAAAGACGAGUCCGGUCUUUUUAGUAAUAAUAAUUUUGAGCUGUAAUACUUGCUCAAAACCUUCUUAUACCAAAGUUAAAACCUCCGCUAUAAGUUUUACAUGUUUCUUCUUUAACGUAAUAUAUAGCGAAUCUCUUUCCCGAGUAUCGACAGCUACCUCCAACUUUGUUGCAGUCUAGUCCAUUUUUCAUAUAAAUUAACGUAUCGAUGUACCCUUGAAAUAGGAAAUUUAUUUUACCAGGCCUAAAAAGACUCACUUGUGUAUGCUAUCAAUCACUUCUUGUAUGUGAUCGUAUAGCAACGAUCGAUCAGUAAGCAAUUCAAGGUGCAUAAUACGAAGCAGCAACUAAACUACUCAAAUAAUUGUUUAAUUCAUCAAACGCUAGCUUUAUUCGUCCACAAAGCAGGGUAACUGCGAAUUGAUUAUUUUCACGUUCGUCCACGUCCGUGUUUUUCUACAAAGCGAAUAUUAUUUCUAUCUUCUAUAUAUUUGUAAUUUAUACCGAUGUUUAUAUCAAUUUUUGCUGAAGAUGCUGACGAAUUACGUAUUAAAUAAUAUUACGCGACAUUCCUGUACUUACACGUUUAACGCUGACUAUGUGAGCAAUAAUUACACGUAUUUAUUGUAACGAAAUUCCGCAAAAUUUAGUCACUAAUGCAAGUAAACAUUAUACGAGUAAAUACGUAUCGCGAUAAAUAUUGAAAUUUCAUGUACUAUUCCACGCGAUAUUCCUGCGCGAUUGAUAUUGAUUGCAAUGGUACGUGCAGCUAUUGUUCAGUAGCAAAGCAGAUAUAAAAACAGAGUAUAGUCGAGAACAGCAGCAUGUCUGAAUUCCUGAUAUCCAAUAUUUUAUUUCAAUUCCCGAUUGUAUCCCUAUAUCCGGUAACGUUUAACUUUUAGCUUCUAAGAUCAAAUCUCGAAUAUUCGCAAUAGCGAGUUCGCAAUUUUCCCGCAAAAAAUUCCCGUGGGUAAUUCCAAUUUCCACUCUCGCAGUUAUAUCCACGAUUUUUUUAUUUACCAAUUUCGAAUUUAUAAAUAAAAAAAAUAUAUUGUCUUGGAUCACACGCGACUACGCAUUACCCAUAGGUUUAACUACGAUUGUCGCUUGUAGAAAAUUAAAGCGAAGCUUGGGUAUCGUCGAAAAUGAUCUAUCAUCGAGUAACGUCUGUCUUAUGUCGGAGUGAACACUGUGAAUGAAGAAUAUUUAUUGUAUCGAAUUAAUGUAUAGAAAAGGUACGUUGCGACUGAUAAUAGACAUUCUUGUCGAUACGUUACUUUACCACGUAUGAAUAUAGUUUAGCGGUGCACAAGAACAAGUUGUGGUAAAAUAUAUUGUAAGAAUAUAAUAAAACAAUCGUACCGCGCUAAAAACGGGCGGUACAUUACAUGUAAUCCGUUUGUUUAAAAUACAUACCUACUAAAUGUACGGACUAAAAUC